CAAAGCUGAACACGGUCAACCUGGAAACAGCCUCUUUGAUUUCCUCAGCAGGUGGACACGAAUUCAAAACAGGAAGAAGCAUCUCUGGUGUGACCACUGAGUGUCGCCUCCUCUGGCGCACUUUCCCACGCUUUUUCAGAAGACAGGGGGCGGAGACUGACCUAAUGCUGAGAAUUAUUGACACGCCUCCUGGAGUGCCUGACCCACAGAGCAUCCACCGGCUCUGCCCUCAAGGCGUGCAUGUGCUCGGCAUCGUAUUGAGAGCCGACCUGCCGCACGAAGAUGCGCGCCUGCAACAGCAUGCAGAGAAGCUCCUCGGUCCGGAAUGGCGUCAGCAUGCCAUAGUUAUCCUCACACAUGCUGACCACCUGAGAGAGACGGGGUUUCAGCCUUCGGCCUACCUCGCCCAGCCCUCUACUCGCUGGCUCAGAGAUCUGGCUGGGGAGAUAGGGGGCGGGGUCUGGUUCCUAGAUAACACCAGUGAUUGGCCAUCUGUCAGAGGGCGAAUGCUCAGAGACCAAAUUCUUUGCCUGUCAGCCAAGAACCAUCACAGCGCUCUGACCGUCAGGACAGUGACCUCCGUUUGACGCCAUGUGGGGCUUUU